CAUGGGAGACCUACAAGUCGACUUGAAUGCAGCACUUGUAGCCGUUAAACAGAAAUGUGUGGACUUGGAUGAACAAAUUCGAAGAGAGAAUGAUAGAUCAGAAAAUCGCGGACGUGGAUAUCUGGGAGUUCGUCGAUACAUCUAUGCAUUGACCACCAAGAAGAAUGAGAACCAUCUACAACGACGUGGGCGAUCUUUGACAAGGGUGUACGUGGAACAAAAGUUUUACAGAUCUAAAUCUGUACCAUCUCCGGAUCAAGUUCAACGCCUCGAGGAUUGCACACAGGAUUACGGACCAAAUGAUGAAGAACGCCUGGAAUACGUGGAAACUGUUGAUGCUCCAUUGGAAGAGCUCAUUAAAGAAGAUCAGUCUCAUCGCCAUGUCGUCUCACAAAGACUUCCACAAGGGCACGGAGAAUGGGAUCAUGAACUUGCAGUUUAUGAAGAAGAUGGUGGUUCUGGGCUUUUGGAGGAUCGAACACUGACUGUGAGAGCUGGAGAUCAUCCUUUCGGAAUGAAUCAAUUCAACGAAGUGGCAGAGGAUAUUAGUGCAAGAAUCGCCAAGUUUUUUGCUGAGAAAGAAGAGAACCACAUCAGAACUCGUGAGCUUUCUCUUUCAGUUCAUCCAGUUUAUCAUCAAAGUAAUGGAGAUGCAUACACUUCAUUUGGAAUGUCCAGGUCAAAAUCAAUGGGAUCAGUUGCUCACGAAGCACAUCAAACAUCUAACAAUCAACAUAGUUCUGAAACUCAUGGAACUGCUUCUUCAACUCAGUCACGACCACGUUUGGAUCAAGUCUCUUCCACUACAAAGUCCUUAAGCAAUUUGUUUAGUGUUGACACUCGUCAUGACUACAAUUCUCGAUAUGGAAAUUAUGUAUCUGGAUAUGGACAUUAUGGAACACCACUUCCACCAGCGAAAAAUCAAGAAGUAAUGCCAAAAAUGCCAGCGAAGAAGUCGGAGCACAUUUAUGAUGAGCCAAUUCAUAGAACAUCUACCACAAAUGUGUAUUCAAGCACUUAUGAGAGAAAAUAUGACUUCAAAACAACAUUCCCACCAGAAAUCGAAAUGCCAGAAGGAUAUCACGAUUAUUAUGAUCCGAGCAAGUUCAUGUUCUUGGAUGCAAAAGGUUAUUAUCAGGGCAACAUCACUCGCCCACUUCACUAUUCCUACUCUCGUGACUAUCUAGAAAAGUACUCGGACUACGACGGAACAUCACGACUUCCAUCUCCAGCUCCUCCAAAGACCCCGGAGCCAGCAUACACUGUGCUCAAUAGAUCAGAAGAUCUCCCACAUCACCCUACCCAUUUGUCUUUCUCGUUCCCAGACUAUUACGAUCACGCCACUCAAAUCAUUCUCAGUCGUGAUCCUGGACUUGAACAUAUUCCAUAUAAAAUUGGGCCAUUUGCUGAUUACUAUGACAAUGUUCAUCGUAUCAUUCUGUCGCAUACCAAAGAUUUGGAUCAUUGUAAAAUUGUAAUUCCGUCGUUCCCAGAUUACUAUGAUCUGUCAACUAGAUAUGAAGUGCUUCAUCGAGUUGAAGACAUUCUUCAUGAGCCAAUUGUGAUCGAGGAAUAUCCGGCAUAUUGUCCAUAUGAAGACACGAAAUAUGAAGUACAAGAGAAAUCUGUGACAUUGGACGAUGAGCAUAUAUACGAGGAAGUGUAUGAACCUCCACUACCUCCACUUCCACCUCCAGCACCACCAAUAGUUGUUCAUGUUCUGAACUACACUAGAGAUCACGAUCACAUUGUAUUCGUCCCAUUGCUUCCUUACAUUCCACCACCACCUCCACCUCCAGCAGAGAUUAUUCACGUUGCAACUCCAGCUGAAGUAAUUGAAGAAGAACCAGAGCCAGUUCCAGUGCCAGCUAAACGUCAUUAUGAUGAUCUUUAUAUCGGAAAUGACGCUCUUGAUGUAUCAGUGUCUCCACAUUUUAAUCAAUCCAAUGAUCAAAAGAAUUUGGGAUUAGAAAAGAGUGUCACUGAUAGAGUUAGAGAAAUGGAAAGAGCAAUGAGAGGAGAAGAAAGGGAAAGACUUUUGGAAGAAGAAAAGCGAAGGAAAUAUCUGGAACUUCAGAAUGAGAUUAAGGCAGCACGGGAAUACGAAGAAGAACAUGCAUAUGAAGAGAUUCAAGAAAGCAAGAACACUCCUUGUCCAGUAUCACAGCCUAUUCUUAUUCCAUCGGUGUUUGUCCCAGUGGCAGUUCCAGAACCUAUCCCGGAGAAACCGAAACGAACAUGGCAGCCACCUCCAAAAUCCGAAGAAUUUUUGGACGAGCAUAUUGACAAGCCACUUGGCCCUGUCAUUUUCCAUGAGUUGAUCUACCGCAACGGAUUUUUGCUUAAAAUGAAUGAAGAAAAUCAUAUUCUAAGUCAAACCCGUCCAGUCAGUCAUCCAGUUUCUCGUGCCAACUCUCGACCAACGACGCCUGGAUUAGAGAUCAAAACUAUCGAUUUUCCACGUCUCGAUGAUGCCGCAUCCCCAAGAGAUCACUCUGAUUCUGCUGGAAAUGUUGAUUAUGUGCAUAAACAUAUCGAACGGUACAAUGCGAAGGAUGCCUCUGUUGUCCAAGAUUCUCACGACGAGAGUCGAGCUCAUUCGCAUAUGCUUUCAAAUACCGUCCAAACUCAUACACAUUCUCAAUUAAUCAAUCAGAAUCAGGCGACUCAUUAUGAUGCUUAUGCUACUUCUCAACACUCGAAUGCUCAAGAGUAUUCAACUGUUCAUGGAUCACAAACUCAUCGAGGAAGUGUAGUAUAUGAUGAACCACAUGGACAAGUUGUCUAUGAUAUUCCACACGAUCAAGAACAUCACCAUUAUGACACUGUUCACGUUCAACACCAUCAUCAUCAUCAUUAUCAUACAGAUGGCAGUGAACAUGUUCAUCACUAUCAUCAAGAUGAAAAUGCUCAUCAACACAGUACAGCUGAAAAUGAACAUAUUCAUCACUAUCACACAACAUCAAAUGAAAAUGCUCACCAUCAUCACUCGGUUCAAAAUGAGAAAGAUAUUCAAUAUCAGCUGGCUCAAAGCAACCAAUCGAUUCGACAAAUGAGCAAGACCAACAACUGGGAUGAACAAAAUAUUCAAUCAUCAAAGAGAGCUCACAUUGAGGCACACAUUCCGGUUAACUCACCAUUUGUGAAAAGAGAAGAUUCAAGAGUUAGCACCACUUCUCAUGUGAGCACAGCUUCAACUGCAACUACCACGGGAACUGUUGUUCAGUGCUCGAACUCGUUGAAUCGCCAAAAUAUUCCAGCUCCAUUGAAAAUUCAAAACGGAAACUCAGAGUCCUAUCACGAACACAAUCAUCACCAGCAUGUGCAUUUUGACAGUGUUGAAAAUUCGGAAAACAUUGCUCAUCAAUGUAAAUCAACAACUUCCUUGGACUACCAGCCAGUUCAUGUCGGACAUGUCAAAAAUUUGGCAAAACUUUUCAAUAAGCCCGACGAGAAGCCACUGACAACUGAGCAAGUGAUCUACCGUGUCAGUGCUGCACCACCUGGUCAUCACUUGGAACCAGAGAUUAAACCUCGUCCACGUUCUUUGCCCCGCAUUCCACUUGAUGAGAUUGAACUCCAUGAGCAUGGAAGUAAAGAUCAUAUGACACGUCAUCAUCAUGAAAUGCACCAGGGUACUGUAGAUGAGCACAGUGAACAUGGUUAUUCUAUUGGUGGUGGUGCACAAAGGAUUGAUGUUUCAGCAAGAACUUCAUCAACAGUGAUGCACUCUCCACCUGUCCAAGUUCAACACAACUCAUACUAUCAUCGUCAGUCAUCAGACGAGGAGUCAAUCCGUGUUCGUCGUGUCUACAAGGCCCUAGAUGACACUUCAAUGCUCUCUCCGGUCUCCUUGUCCGGCGAUGGACCAAAUUUUUAAAUUCCGAAUAAGAAACAAUUUCAUCUCCGUUGAUUUCAUUGCCUCUAGACUUUCAAAUUGAUUCAACAAUUCUUAAUCUUCCGAUUUCGGUCAGAAAAUACCUGUCAUUUUCAAUUUUUGUUUGUAUUCCUAACAUUUUCUAAUAAACUUAACUGUG